AUAAUUCAUUAUUAUUGGCGUCGAAAUCAUUGUCAUCAUUUUGAUCUUAAAAAUACAACAAUGUGGUAGUCGCGUUUAUAAGCAAUUUCAAGUGUUCCAUUAACCGGUCAAUCUAACUGUACUAUAAUGUGUGAAAAAAUAAUUAUCGAAUUUUUGCCAAAAUCAUGGCGUUCAUCAGUAUCAAUGAGAUUGUUGAUGCUUUGUUUAUUUUAUGUUGUAAACGCGGAGUCUGUGAAGAAACUUCCUCGAUUUAACCUACCUGGCGAAGAUGGACAGAUCACCGAAAAUUCACCGAUAAAAUCAGUCGAUUGCUCAGUCAACAAUGGCCAAUUCUUGUGCGAAGACGAGCAAAGAUGCAUUGAUUUCUAUCAUACCUGCGAUGAUGAAUGCGAUUGCUCUGACUGUUCAGAUGAAAGUGUCCUGUGUUGGGAAUAUGACGAAAUUCUAUGUCGAUCGUGUGAUCAUUUGUGUUUCCCUUCUCCGCAUGGCUCGAUGUGUUUGCAAGACAACAAUACUAGCGAAUUCAGCCCAUUACUCGUAUUAGUUCUUCAAGAAUGUGAUCCGGCCGAUACCCUUUGUGAUCAGAAAUGCGUAAUGUACGAAGGAACAGAACGAUGCUCCUGCACAGAAAAUUAUCGAGCGAAGCCCGGAACAAAGGGACAAGAAUGCAUAAGCGAUGUAUCUUGCGAAAAUCUUCUCCUGUAUUCGACGGAUAAUGAAAUAAAACUGUUCAAUUUCACUGCCAAUGAGGCUCGUGUGAUCCGGAAAAAUGUCAAGUGCCAAGGUUUAGCCGCAGCUGGUGAUUAUUUUUAUUACGGUACAACUGAUGAUAAUAACAAAGCUCAUGUGCAUAAAGUUUCAAUGAUGACUGGUGGUGAGACGGAUCUGAUUAUCGAUACUUGUAACGGAUCAACUAAGAUAUACGACAUCGACAUCGAUUGGGUUACUGGUAACAUUUAUUUCUCAACUGAUCGGUGCGUUGGCGUUUGUUCAAGAGAAGAAGAAUUUUGUACAAGAGUAAGCCCGACUUUGUCUCAGGUUGAUGUGUGCCAUAUCGGUUUAGCUCCACGUUCAGGGUUGUUAUUUACUUCAGUGGGAACUGUAUGGCAUCAUUAUUCAGAUGCCCGAAUCCUGAAAUCAUCAAUGGAUGGCUCUAAUCAAAUACUAUUUUACGAGCACAGAGGAAAAAUACUCCAUCCAAUAUCGCUUACUGUGGACGAAUUAUCUGAAAAGGUUUUUUGGAUUGAUCCAGAUCUCGGAGAAAUUGAUUGUAUACAGUUUGAUGGAAAAAAUUGGAGGAGGAUAUUUCAAAGUCGGCAGCUUCAUGUUUUUGCCAUUAGCGAAUUCGAAAAUAAUUUGUUUUGGACGGAAGAAAACAAAAACAUUAUUGGAAUGCAUUUGAAAAACACAACGGAUCUCAUCAUCGACCAAAAUGCAACUUCGGUGAAGUAUUUGUACGCCUUUAACCCUGUUUUACAACACAAUAAAAUCUCGAAUCCUUGCACGAAUUCAGCCUGUAAAGGUCUAUGUUUACUCAGACCAUCUUCAGAUAAAGGAUUUUUAAAUUUCACAUGUCUGUGUGAUAAUGUGACAUCCUCGAGCAGAAAACAGUGGUGUAAUAAUCCGUUUAUUCCGCCUUCCCAAACUGAAGGAGGAUUCGAAAAAGAUUUCAAGGAGGACAUUCGACCUUCCCAACCAGAAGGAACAAUCAAAAAAGAUUCUAACGAUGAAAUUCCUAUGAUCUUAGUACUAAUUUUCGGUUGUCUGAUCGUGUUGACCAGUUUUGCAGUUUAUUUCGUUUUUCGAAGGAAAGGGUUCUGUAAGAAUGAUGAAUUAGUGUAUUCUCAAAUGUUGAACAGGCCCACAACAGAGUAUGAAGAUACGGAGUUAUAGGCAGAUGUACCUAUAUGGGUGAAAAUAAAUAAUUACCAACGACAUUUUUUGUGAAAAAUAAUAUUAAAAUAUGCCAUAAUUCAUUGGUUAUUCAUUUAUUCACCAAAUAUAGCACAAAUAGUAUUUUUCAGUUUUUCAAUUUUUAAACUUUGAAAAUUUCUCAUCAAAAGUACAGCUGAGAUAGCUAUAGUGGGGUUGUGGGAUAUUGGGUGAAAAUCAAAAUUGAGUGAAAAUGAAAUCAAAAACUCUGAAAAUAAAUACGA